UCGUGACGUUGCGCACGUAGGGGCAGGUGGUGCAGGCGAAGCGGUGGCAGCGCGGCCCCUCCUCGGCCACCAGCACGUUACCGCAGGCCGGGCAGAAGAGCAGCAUCGCCGGUUCCGCGGCGCCGACCGCCCCUUCCGGCGCGACGAUGGCGGCGGAGCCCGAGCCCGAGGAGGAGCUGGCGCACGCUGAGGUGCUGGAGCUCUUCCAGGAGGCGCUUGCGCGGCUGGUGCAGGAUCCGCUGCUCUGUGACCUCCCGCCGCAGGUGACGGCGGAGGAGAUCGGCUCGCAGGUGGCGCUGGAGUACGGGCAGGCCAUGACCGUGCGCGUCUGCAAAGCGGACGGCGAGACCAUGCCCGUGGUGGUGGUGCAGAACGCCACGGUGCUGGACCUGAAGAAGGCGCUGCGGCGGCACGUCCAGCUGCGGCAGGCACGGCAGGGCGGCGUGCAGCACCUCAGCUGGAAGUACAUAUGGAGGACGUACCACUUAACCUACGGCGGAGAGAAGCUGGCAGAUGAUAGAAAGAAGCUGCGAGAGUAUGGCAUCAGAAACCGGGAUGAGGUCAGCUUCAUAAAGAAGCUGCGAAAGUAACCUGUCAGAAACUAGAGUUCAACCAAGUCAUUGUUCUCAGAAGACAAGAUACACCAUGAGACUUCUGGUCAUGAUACUUCUGUGCAACUGAUGCAUUCAACAGGAAGCAUGAGUAGCACAUAUAUGCUACCUGCUUGUAAUCUGUAUAGACAUGAUUCUGGUAUUAUGCAGCUAUUUUUAUAAAGUUGUGCAUACAAACACAAGAUGUGGCCAAGACUCCAGCUCAGUUAUUUUAAAAUCAUCUCUGCUUCCUCUCCACAUCUGAAAACACAGGCACAGUGGCUGAGGAGCAGUGGCAAGAGCAGCUUUUCCAAGAACUUGGGGUUUUGUUUUGUGGCUCCAGGUAGCUGCGGUAAAAACUGUUGCUUUGUGACCACAGUAACCCUUUUUUCUUCUUUAAACACAUCCAGUGUACUAAAAUGUGUGGUGUAACAAAAGCCAUCUGCCUGUGACCAGCAGUCACCUGUGGUACUGGCUGAUCCACCCCAAUGGAGGCAUGGUGAUAAGAGAGCCCAGCAUGCAGUAACUAUUGUUACUGCCAGAUACAUUGUUUCUUUAACAGAGCACUGAGAAUCCAGCCCUACCAUGAGCAGAGUAGGGAUCCAGCACUGUUCUGGAGGAGAAGGUGGUUCACAUCAAAGAAAAACACACUCCAGUUGAAAUGGACAUCUUUUGCAGUUGCUAUUUGAACUGUCUGUCUCUGAGCUCUAAGUGGAAUGCACUUGCAGUGAUUAAAGAGACUUUUUUUCUGAGGC